AUGGUAGAAGAGAUAGAGCCAGAAACGGAAUCAAAAUCCGAGGUUCUUACGAGCAGUAAAUCAUUAGAUGGAAAUAACGAUCCACCGUUGAGAAGGGAAUCGGAGUUGCCCGUCCGGGUAACGUAUUCCGAUAUCAGCGGGCUUUGGACCAGCAAUUCUGCCUACUAUCCUCAUAAGCUGCCUCCUGUCUUCCCGAAAUGGAACCGAGAUUCUUAUUCUACGCAGUGGAAGAGUGUGAUUGAAAACAUCAAGAAGAAAUCAGCGAAAGGUUUCUCUAUUAUCCCUUCGCUCACAAAUAAUUACGAUAUUUCGAGAAAGAAGUGGAGGAAAUUGUCCAAACUUUAUUGCCCCGAGGCUGGUAUUGUCGAUAAGCCAUUGUGGAAGACUUUUUCUUACUCCGACCUUGCUGUUGCUACAGAUAAUUUCAGCCCUGAGAAUUUGCUUGGAAGAGGGGGAAAUGCGGAAGUAUACAAAGGGCACUUAACUGAUGGUCAAGUUGUAGCAGUGAAGAAGCUAACAAAGAAUGAGAAAGAAGAAGAAGAUAGAGCCAAUGAUUUCUUGUUAGAACUCGGGAUCGUUGCUCACAUCAAUCACCCAAAUGCAGCUCGCUUGAUCGGAUUCGGUGUUGAUGGAGGCUUGCACUUAGUCCUUCAGUUUGCCCCUCAUGGCAGCCUUGCUUCUGUGCUUUUUGGUUCAGAUGAAUGUCUAGAUUGGAAGACAAGGUAUAAAGUGGCCACCGGGAUAGCAGAGGGGCUGAAAUAUCUCCAUCAUGACUGUCCGAAGCGCAUUAUACACCGAGACAUCACUGCCUCCAACAUAUUGCUCACCGAAGAUUAUGAAGCUCAUAUCUCGGAUUUCGGUCUGGCAAAGUGGCUACCAGAGAAUUGGCAUCAACAUGUUGUCCAUCCCAUCGAAGGAACAUUCGGAUAUUUAGCUCCAGAGUAUUUCAUGCAUGGAAUAGUUGACGAAAAGACCGAUGUAUUUGCAUUCGGAGUUCUACUACUGGAGAUAUUAACAGGCCGCCGUGCAGUUGAUUCGUCCCGACGAAGCCUCGUGAUUUGGGGAAAACCUCUUCUGGAGAAAAAUAAAGUGAAGGAAUUGAUAGAUCCUCGACUCGAAGACAAUUACGAUCAAACCGAAGUGAAACGUGCAAUGUUGACAGCUUUCUUGUGUAUAAACCACUUGGCCAAACUACGUCCAAGCAUGAGUAGGGUCGUAGAGUUGCUUAAGAACGAAGAUGGUCCGGUAGAGUGGCAACAGAAGGGCUGGGGAGGGAAAGCAGUGAUAGUAGACGGUUGUGAUUUGAAAGAUUAUAAUCGAGCCAGCUAUCUAAAUGACCUGGACCGGCAUAUGCAGCUGGUUUUGGAAUAAUGGGUUGUGUGAAAAUUGGAACAAAUCAAUCAAAUGAAUUUUCAUAGUGUUUUCUUCUUAAGGUAAAUUUUGAGCUCCUUUGUUGUUUCGUUUAGCCAGAGGGGGUGCCAUUGAAACACUCUGAAGAUGAUUGGGAAACCGGCGUUAAUGCCCACGAUUAAAGGGCAAAAUUAGAGAUCAGAUGUCAUUUGUAUAAUAUUGUACUGAAA